CUUAAGCGACAAUGGAUAACUUUAAACUGAACAGGAACCAAUCUGUAUUGACAAUAUGCUUUAAUUCACCUGUCAAGCUUAAUGCAUUCAAUCAGCCAAUGUGGGAGGCACUCCGCGAUAUCUUCAAAUCCGUCAACAACGAUACGCAGAUUAGAGCGGUCAUACUCAUUGGCAAUGGCAAGGCCUUUAGCUCCGGUUUAGAUAUGAACGACGCUGGAGCCCUUCUGAAUACCACCGGAGAAGUGGUCCAAACGACGGCAAGACUGAGACAACAUAUCGUAGAUUUCCAGGAUGCUAUUACAGCUAUAGAAACCUGCGCUGUACCUGUUAUAGCCGCACUUCAUGGCCUGGUCCUUGGUUUAGGCAUUGAUAUUGCAUCCGCUUGUGAUAUACGUUAUGCUGCAUGUUCCACACGCUUUUCUAUCAAAGAAAUUGACCUCGGUUUAGCGGCUGAUAUCGGGACAUUGCAACGCUUUCCACGUGCUAUCGGGAAUGAUGCCUUGGCUAGAGAGCUCGCCUAUACUGGACGUCAGUUCAAUGCUAAUGAGGCACUUCAAAUGGGCUUCCUUGCAGGCAUUUCCUGUACAUCGUCCAGAGAAACAGUGUUAAAUAUGUCUAUGGGUACUGCGCUCGCUAUUGCGUCGAAAUCACCAGUCGCAGUACAAUCUACUAAGAAAAUUCUUCUCAAUGCUAGGGAUAAUAGCGUUGCAGACAGCCUCGCAUUCACAGCUACGCACAACUCUGUCGCCCUGCAAUCUGGAGAUGUCAAGGAAGCGCUUUCUGCUCAUUUGGAAAAGCGAAAGCCUGUAUUCAGGGAUAGUAGAAUGUAAUAUCAGUGAGUAGUGUAAUGUAAAGUGUAUACCAGAACAGCGUGUAUUUCGAAUAAUUAAGGGUAUUAUAAUACAAGUUAGUGAUUAAGUGAAGUAGUGUAAGGAGUGUGUUUCAGUGAACUUAGCAUGUGUUUAAAUAGGUCAAUAGUACUGUACUUAAUAGUACUCAAUUUCGAGAUAGAGGAAUCCAAUGAUUGAUGGGUUGAGUAUAUUCAAUCCCGCAGGAUUGAAUAAAUUGUAAUUCAAAUAAUUAAGCGUGCCCUCUAAUUCUGAUAUUCGCUUCUCAAAGUAAGUGCGUUUGAAUAAACUGAGAGUGUAGAAACUCGCUAUAUCGCAUAAAUGAUCUAAAACCGCAUACCAGGGAUUGAAUGCUCGCGAUAACUGGUAAUUUAUCUCGUGUAUCGCGAAAUGAUAUUGCUCUGGGUUUACCCUUCUAGCUCCAUAGGAAAACUCCUAGCGAAUUGCCAGAUUUCUCCGAAUUGAUAGUCCCUAUCAACUCUGACGACCUCCCGAGGGAGAUCUAUGCAUACUCUCCGUUCAGGCGCGGUACCAAAGUUUUUGAGUCGUACGUUAAAAUUGGAUGAAUCACCACUUAUCAAUGAGGCUGGACUCCUCGAGCGCAUUACUUGUUGCUCAGGAUCACCCAUUUAGC